AAUAUGUGACGAUUACCGCUACGACCAUAGCUUUCGUAAUAAUAUAAUAGCUGUAUUAAAGAAUUUAAAACGUAAAAAUUUCCUCAAGCCUUUGUUGACCAAAAGUUAUCGUUGAUUUUUAAACUCUAGUUUGGAGAAAAUCGAGUGUUUGUGUCAAAACUUUUUGCUAAGUGUAUUUAAGUGAAGAUAAUAUUUAAAAGAGUGUUAGAGAUUAAAUCAUUUUCAUAUAUAUAAAUAGUUUUCAAAAGAACUUGCUAUCGUCGUUGUGUUGGUCUGUCAUAACAGAAAACAACAAAGAGGAUUGUAAAGAAGAUAAAGAUUGAGAAGUGUGGAAAUAAAUAAAAAGCCUUAGGUGUUUCUGAAGCCUCAGCACCGAUGAAGCUUGUCAACCAUGCUUGCUUGGUGCUGUAUCGUGAUCAUGAUGUGCACGAUCAGCACUGGAGUGUUAUCCCCUGCACCGAUAAAUGCUGAAGUUAAGGAAACAUAUGAUCGACAUUACUGGUAUGCAAAAGCACAGGAAACUCUACAAAAACGCUUGCAAUACGCAUCGGAAAAAAACCCAGUGGCAAAGAACGUCAUAUUAGUUGUUGGAGACGGAAUGAGUUUGACAACCACUACAGCUGCCAGAAUACUUCGUGGUCAGAGAAGAGGUCAUUCUGGAGAAGACACUGAUUUAGUGUGGGAUACGUUCCCCACGGUAGCAUUAGCAAAGACAUACAAUAUCGACGCUCAAACUGGAGAGUCAUCUGCUUGUGCUACAGCCCUCUUAUGUGGAGUAAAGGCGAGAUACGAGACUCUAGGUCUUGACUCUGGAGCUCGUUUCAACAACUGUGCUUCAGCAAUAAACUCUAAAGUGACUUCUCUCAUAGAUUGGGCUCACGAAGCUGGUAAAUCUAGUGGGAUAGUAACAACGGCCCGUAUAACACAUGCCACACCUGCGGCACUCUAUGCCCAUGCUCCUUCAAGGUAUUGGGAGGAUGACAGUCGCGUUCCUCCUACAGUACGACGAGACUGCAAGGACAUAGCAUUGCAGCUUGUUGAAAAUGAUCCCGGAAAGAAUAUAAAUGUAAUCAUGGGUGGCGGACGACGCCAUUUUCUACCAACGGUUACGUCAGACCCUGAACAUCCCAAUAGAGAAGGAAGAAGGCUCGAUGGACGAAAUUUAGCUGAAGAUUGGGCUAGAGAAAAGAAAAGACGACGUUUAAGAGCACAAUAUAUCCACUCCAAGGAGCAAUUAGCGAAACUGGAUCCAAGAACUGUAGAUUAUGUUUUAGGAUUAUUUGAAUACUCUCAUAUGGAGUUUAAUGCGGAGCGAGGUGUGGUAUUGGAUACAGACGAAAAUAUAGGUUCAAGUUCAACAGUUAAAGCAGAUGACCCGUCACUAGCAGACAUGACCCGUACUGCAUUAUCAAUUUUGUCUAAAAACGAUAAAGGAUUUUUUCUGUUAUUAGAAGGAGGUAGAAUAGACCACGCUCAUCAUUACAAUAAUCCUUAUCGGGCUCUUGAUGAAACUUUGGAAUUGGAAACUGCACUAUUAGCUGCCUUAGAGAAAGUAAACCCAGCGGAAACCCUAAUUGUGGUGACGGCUGAUCACGGCCACGUAAUGACUUUUGGUGGUCAAGCUACCCCUAGGGGUCAUCCAAUUUUAGGUGCUGAUACGGUAGUUUCCGACAUAGAUGGCUUGCGAUACACGACAUUGUUGUAUGGAACUGGACCGGGACACUCGGAACCGAGAACGUUGCCAUUGAAUGGAACUUCAACAACUCCGGCUGAUGCAGUGCACGCGGCAGCUGUGCCAAAACAAUGGGCUACUCACGGUGGAGAGGACGUACCUAUAUAUGCUUUAGGUCCCAUGGCAACGGUAUUGUUUGCCGGCGUUGUAGAACAAAGCUACAUUCCACAUGCCAUCGCGUAUGCGGCAUGUUUAGCUCACCAGUCUCAUCGUUGUCAUGAAAAUAUGUUAAACCUUACUAAGCCGGAGGUAAAACUACCAAGUUGCAUACAACCCGAAGUGAGUAGUGUAUCCGCAGACGAAGCUAGAAGUGAAAGUACUAGCGUUCGAAGAGUCAUCGUAGCAUCAAGCGUUAUGUCAGAUGAACGUUUACCAAGGUCAUCCACUACACUCUCCUCUCCGCUUAAGAUGUCGUACUACCUUAUAAUUUUGAUGUUUCACUCCAUUGGAUACUCUACUAUUAGCGUUUCUAUCGCUAGUAAUAUUUGAUGUUGAUAUUUGACUGUUUAACAUUAAUUGUACAGGGAUCGUUUUUAGUUUCGGCACUAUA